AUGGGUGUGACGAGACAAGUUCUCCAAGAGGGGAAUGGAGUUGAUAGGCCCAAGAAAGGUGACCUAGUGACCAUGGAGUAUACUGGAAACCUCUACGAUCCCAAUUCCAAUGAUGAACAUCACAGAGGGAAACAAUUUGAUUCGUCCAAAGGCCGAGGAGAUUUUUCAACUGAUAUCGGUGUUGGCAGAGUCAUCAAAGGUUCGGCCUCUUUUAGCAUUGUUGCCAGACAGAGGAUAUUGUACAUCUCUGAUUAG